UAUAUGUAAUACUGUUAAUUUAGCCUUGAACAUUUCUGCUGAUUUGUUCUUAGUUUAAUUAUAGACUUUACUUCAUAAAAAUAUAUCUUUGUUGUUCCUUCUAAAGUUUGUAUGAUGUAUUUGGAAAAUCCCUCUGUUUUAAUGAAGUGAAAUUGAGAACAAAGAAUCCCGACAUCUUGGCAUUACUAUCAAAAGGGAGAAAAUGGAUUAAAACUCAGAAUAAUUAGAGCUCUGAUAUUCUAGGAUUUUUCCUUCCUUUAGAAAAAAAAUUCUAUCUGAUUUAUAUAAUAGUUAACAUAAACUUCCUGCUUUUAUUUUAUACAGACAAGGUCUUUACUGGGUGUAUUUGAAGAAGAUGCUACAGCUAUUUCCAACUAUAUGAACCAAUUGUAUCAAGCUAUGCAUCGGAUUUAUGAUGCACAGAAUGAAUUAAGUGCAGCAACACACCUGACUUCAAAACUUUUAAAAGAGUAUGAAAAACAGCGUUUUCCACUGGGGGGUGAUGAUGAAGUUAUGAGCUCUACUUUGCAACAGUUUUCAAAAGUCAUAGAUGAGCUUAGCUCUUGUCAUGCGGUACUUUCAACGCAGCUUGCUGAUGCCAUGAUGUUCCCCAUCACCCAGUUUAAAGAAAGAGACCUGAAAGAAAUAUUGACAUUAAAGGAAGUGUUUCAGAUUGCUAGUAAUGAUCAUGAUGCUGCAAUUAACAGAUAUAGCCGAUUGUCAAAAAGAAGAGAAAAUGACAAGGCAAAGUAUGAAGUAACAGAAGAUGUCUACACUUCCAGAAAAAAGCAACACCAGACUAUGAUGCAUUAUUUUUGUGCAUUAAAUACUCUUCAGUACAAGAAGAAAAUAGCACUGUUAGAACCUCUACUUGGGUACAUGCAAGCUCAGAUAAGUUUCUUUAAGAUGGGUUCUGAAAACCUCAAUGAACAACUGGAAGAAUUCUUAACUAAUAUUGGAACAAGUGUACAGAAUGUUCGCAGGGAAAUGGACAAUGAUGUAGAGACCAUGCAGCAGACAAUAGAGGAUUUGGAAGUAGCCAGUGACCCUUUAUAUGUGCCUGACCCAGAUCCCACGAAAUUUCCUGUUAAUCGAAACUUGACCCGAAAGGCUGGAUACCUUAAUGCUAGGAAUAAAACAGGCUUGGUGUCAUCUACCUGGGACAGACAGUUUUACUUCACUCAGGGUGGAAACUUAAUGAGUCAGGCCCGUGGGGACGUAGCAGGAGGCUUGGCCAUGGACAUAGACAACUGUUCAGUAAUGGCUGUGGACUGUGAAGACAGGCGGUACUGUUUUCAGAUCACCUCCUUUGAUGGAAAAAAAUCUUCAAUUUUGCAAGCAGAGAGUAAAAAAGACCAUGAAGAGUGGAUCUGUACAAUAAACAAUAUAUCUAAACAAAUAUAUUUAAGUGAAAAUCCAGAGGAAACUGCUGCACGAGUAAAUCAGUCAGCUUUGGAAGCUGUCACUCCUUCCCCAUCUUUUCAGCAGAGGCACGAGAGCCUGCGGCCAGUGGGACAAUCUCGACCAUCGACAGCUCGAACCAGCAGUUCAGGAUCCUUAGGAUCUGAGUCCACAAAUUUGGCUGCCCUCUCUCUAGAUUCUCUCGUUGCUCCAGGCACCCCAAUACAGUUUGACAUCAUUUCUCCCGUGUGUGAAGAUCAGCCUGGGCAGGGGAAAGCCUCUGGCCAAGGAGGCAGGCGUACAAAUCCAUUUGGAGAAUCUGGAGGAGGUACAAAAUCUGAAACUGAAGAUUCUAUUCUUCAUCAGUUAUUUAUUGUCCGAUUCCUUGGUUCUAUGGAGGUGAAAUCAGAUGAUAAUCCAGAUGUUGUUUAUGAAACAAUGCGCCAAAUCUUAGCUGCCCGGGCCAUCCAUAACAUCUUUCGUAUGACAGAAUCGCAUUUAUUAGUCACUUGUGAUUGUUUGAAGUUAAUUGAUCCACAGACACAAGUUACAAGGCUUAUGUUUCCAUUACCUAGUGUAGUUUUGUAUGCUACACACCAGGAAAAUAAGAGGCUUUUUGGAUUUGUUCUUCGGACAUCUGGAGGGAGAAGUGAAAGUCAUCUGUCAUCUGUCUGCUAUAUAUUUGAAUCAAACAAUGAGGGGGAAAAGAUUUGUGAUUCUGUUGGACUUGCAAAACAGAUAGCUUUGCAUGCGGAACUGGAUCGUAGGGCAUCAGAAAAACAAAAAGAAAUAGAGAGAGUAAAAGAGAAGCAACAGAAAGAACUCAGUAAACAAAAACAAAUUGAAAAGGACUUAGAAGAACAAAGUCGGUUGAUAGCUGCUUCCAGUAGACCAAACCAAGCCAGUGGGGAGGGGCAGUUUGUUGUCCUUAGCAGCAGCCAGUCAGAAGAGAGUGAUUUGGGAGAAGAAGGAAAGAAGAGAGAGUCAGAAGCAUAAACUUAGCCUUGUUUUUGGUUGAUAAUUCCCCCCUUCAAAUUUAUUGACAGUUUCUGUGGUGAAAUGACACAAGGUAACAACUAUGUUGAAAUAUCAAGGAGGAAACUAAAGUUUAUAUUUGUGUGUUUGUUUUAACUUCAUUUUAAAAAAUAAGAUUGACCUUGAUGGCUUAGGUUUGCAUUGAUUUCUUUUCCUCAAAAAUAAUACACUAUGCAGUAACAUCAAAUUCCAUAUCUAAAAGAAGCAAGCCUGUUCAUCUCCCUAAAGUAGAUUGCUGAGGAAUUACACUUGCUCAAGCCUUUUUCCCUUCAAAUUGUGAAUUUAUUAUCUUGCAUUGUAACUAGCCAUGACCCUAAGAAAUCAUUUAUUCUUCAGCUUCAGAUACUCAUGGUUAUGCUCCCUCCCUUUCAUUAAGAACAUUUUGUUGGUGGUCCGCGCUCCCCGGAGCACACCUGCACCUUUCCCUUCCCCAUCCCCCUUUUCUUCCCCCAUAAGCAUGCAGGUCCUAAACUCUAAGGGACCC